CGAUGGGAUCAUGACCGGCCAUGAGGAACGUGUUGGCAUGCGGGGGAUUAUCUGCACAUCCCUACCGGAAUCUUCCAGGUACGUGGUAGGUCUGGCACAUGGCUGGUACUACCACCCUCGCAUGUAGGUAUUUAUCCUUCUUUGGAUACGUAUAUUAAAUCCGAGACCGACCGGCUGGAAAGUGACCCAGGUUCAAAUUGGUGUCUCUCCCCUCUUCUUUUGGGUGCCCUUUCUUCACCUUCAUCCAUCUAUCUCUUAGUUUUUACUCCUAGCCCGGCUGACAACUGUUGAAUCGUUGAUCCGGCUUUGAACAAACCACACAUCGUUGUGGGAGUACAUAUCCCAGGUAUCAACACCUCGGUGAUAUAAGCCUUCGUUCAUCCAGUCAUCAACAAGGACCACCGCAACCAUGGAAUCAACCCACGAGCCCGCCGACCCCGUCGCCAAGGGCAUCCUCCCCACAGCCCGCCAGUCAUGGAAGGACCUCUUCAUCUGGAAGCAGCGUGUCGUCGUGACCAACGUUUACGGCGAGACCGCAACAGAGUGGGCAAAGCCCGUCCCCCUCAAGAACCCCAUCAGCCUGCUUGCUCAACUCUCGGGCCGGGACUGGCUCAACUUCAUCGUGGGCUUUUGCGCCUGGAGUGCCGACGCAUUUGACUUUCACGCCUUGUCCAUCCAGCAGGUCAAGCUGGCGGCCUACUAUGGCGUCAGCAAGACCAGUGUGUCGACGGCCAUCACGCUGACCCUGCUGCUUCGGUCGAUUGGUGCGGCUGCCUUUGGUCUGGCUGGCGAUCGAUGGGGGAGAAAGUGGCCCAUGGUGCUUAACAUGAUUGUGUUGGGCAUCUUGCAGAUUGCCACCAUCUACAGCUCGACUUACUCGCAGUUUCUUGGUGUGAGAGCUUUGUUUGGAUUGUUUAUGGGCGGAGUGUACGGUAACGCGAUCGCGAUGGCCUUGGAAAACAGCCCGGUCGACGCCAGAGGUCUGAUGUCUGGUAUCCUCCAGCAGGGGUACGCCUUUGGCUAUGUGUGCGCCGCAUGCGCCAACCUCGGCGUCGGUGGCGGCACCGAUAGCUGGAAGACCGUAUUCUGGAUUGCUGCUGGUCUGUCCAUCGGUGUUGGCAUCAUCCGCUGCUUCUUCCCCGAGUCCAAGCAGUUCCUGGAGGCGCGCAAGGAAGGCAAGGCCCAAGCAAACCCGUCCCAGUUCUGGAGGGAGACCAAGGUGAUGCUUCGCCAGGAGUGGAAGAUGUGUGUCUACUGCUGCAUCUUGAUGACUUGGUUCAACUACUACAGCCACACCUCCCAAGAUAGCUACACAACCUUCAUGAGAACUCAAAAGGAAAUGGACAACUCGGGCGCCAGCCGUGCCAGCAUCAUCAUGAAAGCCGGCGCCUGCGUUGGCGGCACCAUCAUCGGCUACCUCAGCCAAUACUUCGGCCGCCGACGCACCAUCAUCGUCUCCUCGCUCAUCAGCGGCUGUCUGAUCCCCGCGUGGAUCCUUCCAAAUUCCGAGCGCGCGCUGUCGGCCACCGGCUUCUUCAUGCAAUUCUUCGUCCAGGGCGCCUGGGGCGUGAUCCCCAUCCAUCUGAACGAGCUUGCUCCCCCCGCCUUCCGCUCCUCGUUCCCCGGCAUCACGUAUCAGGUCGGCAACAUGGUGUCGUCCCCGUCCGCGCAGAUCGUCAAUGCCGUGUCGGAGAAGAUCCACAUCAUCAGCCAUACCGGCAAGCUGGUCGAGGCCUAUGGUCCGACUAUGGGCAUCGCUACUGCGAUUAUUGUGAUGGGCAUUGUGGUCACCACGGCCUUUGGCCCCGAAAAGAGGGGUAGAGAGUUUGAGAAGGCACUGCCGGCGGGUAUGAACCUCCAGCAGCAGCAGGGCAAGCAGGUGGAUGAUUUGGAGGCGGGAGAUAUGGAGAGGGUGCCGAGCGGAUUGGAUGAGAAGAGGGAAGGACGAGAAGUUCAGUAGGUGGAAAAUACUGCUGCACCUGCCAAACACUGAGCGUCGGGUUCUCAUGAAGUGUUGGAAGUUACGGUGAUGUUUCGGGGCAUGACGAAUUCGUGUGCAUGUCCAUUUACGAUAAUGAUCUCUUGACUUGAUACCAACCGUCAUAUACAAGUAUUAUAUGGCUUUCUCGUGUCCUUAUGCUGAGGCCUUUGCGUUAAUAGUUUUGAAAGAAGGUAUUUUGACAAAAGAUUUCCGCCAAUGCUUCUAAAGGAAGAGUCACGCAGCAUCUGGUAAUUUGUAUAUAUAAGUCGGAUCAUCCUCCUAUGUCAGUACUUUCAAAGGAAAUCUUUCCAUUAAACUUUGUAAACCAC